GGGAAGAUGCCAACAGGCCAGAGGGCCAGUGGACUGGUCUAGGUGGUUGGCUACAGGAGAGGCAUGCAGCAUGAAGGAUUUGGCUUCUGCCAAGACCUGAGCUCACGCUGGAGAGUCAACCACAGGCCCAAGACUCUGAAAGUAGUUGCUGGACACAUUGUGAGGGAGAGCCUCAGCACCAUUGUGACACACUCACACCCAGGACCCUCUGGGACAGGCAGGUGGGCUGGUGGACACUGUGGACACAGUGAGCUGGGGGCCUAAGGGCCCCGGUGGCCCAAGGGACCGCCAUGGCCAUGGCUGAGCGGCCACGGCCCAGUUGGGCCUCGUAUCACAACCCCAACACCAACAACUGCCAGGACCUGGGCAACUCCAUCCUGUUACUGCUGGGCCUCAUCAUCUGCAUUAACAUCAGCAUCAACAUGGUGACUCUGCUCUGGAGCCGACUCCGUGGCAUCUUACACCGAGUAUUCCAUCAUAUUGUUUGUGAAAAAGAAGCUCCUAAGCCAUCCUCACCUGGGAAGCAGACCCAGCCCUCAAAGAAAAAGAGCUCCCCUGCAGUCCAUCUUCGAUGUACCAUGGACCCUGUGAAAAUGACUGUGACUCCCCCAUCCACUCGCCGCCAUCGCCAUCAAGGCUCCCUGCCACACCGAGCCCACCACCCAGGAGCUUGGGCCCCUAACUCUGAUGAUGAGAUGACCCGACAUCCACACCCACAGAUCUGCUCCCACCACUGGAAUGGCCCCGAGGACUGGGAAGCCAUCCAACCCACCCAGGAGAUCUGGGCCUCCUGGACUCGGGAUGCUCUGGAGCCGCCUCCCCAGACCAUCCGCUUCCAAUCGACCGGAGAGGGAAGACCCCUCAAAACAGAGUUCCGGUCAGAGCAGGGCCUAGAGGCCUACGUGUACCCUGUGAACCCCCCACCUCCCAGCCCUGAGACCCUGAGUCACAACAAUGGGGCGGGGGCGGCUCAGUGCCAGCCUGCCCCACCACCCGUCCUGGGCCCUGCAGUCGUCCCCGAAAUCCCCCGACGUCGCUCCUCAGGCCGAAUAAUGUAUGAUGCCCGGGACGUGAGGCGGCGGCUUCGAGAACUGACCCGGGAGGUGGAGGCCCUGUCCCACUGUUACCCCCUGGCCUCCGCAUCCAGCACUGCUGAGGGGACAGGCAAGGACUGGGUGUACCGUCCCCUAACUGGGAGGUGACUAGGAAAAAAAUAAAAAGGAGAGAGGACGUGGUUUGUGGCAGUAUGUGAGGUGCCAGGGCCCACAUAGCACCCGGAAGCC